AUGGCGAGUAAAGAGAUAGCAAGGGCGCAGGAGAAUAUGCUCUACGACUCGCGGAGAGCUGCAGCCGGGAUAACUCCAUAUCGGCCGCACUGUCCUACUCGGAAGCCGUCGAUCUUCUCCCCUCAAGUGUCCAAUAUGGUCCUAAUGCGUGUGUAUAACCAGUUCUUUGGUCAUGGUACGGAAGACUAUAUGUACCGACUGCAGUGGUGA